AUGGGCAGCAUCUACAAGGACUACUUCAACCCGGCCAAGAUCCGCGAGCACUACAACUACACCAAGGGCGGGGGGGAGGCCUGGGCCGGCCCCUCCCGUUGGGGACCCUCCCUCCUCAUCCUCGCCUUGUGCUGCUUCAUCGUGCUGCAGAACCUCCUGGUGCUGGUCUCGGUGUGCCGCAACACCAAGCUCCAUUCGGCCAUGUACAUCUUCAUCGGCAACCUGGCCUUCUCGGACCUGCUGGCCGGCUUGGCUUUCAUGGCCAACAUCCUGCUCUCGGGCUCGGCCACCUUCACCCUGACCCCGGUGCAGUGGUUCGUGCGCGAGGGCACGGCCUUCGCCACCUUGGCCGCGUCGGUCUUCAGCCUCUUGGCCAUCGCCAUCGAGCGCCACGUGGCCCUCACCAAAGUCAAGGUGUACGGCGGCGGCAAGAGCUGCCGCAUGGUGCUGCUCAUCGGCGCCUGCUGGUUGGUGUCCACCGCGGUGGGCGCGUUGCCCAUCAUGGGUUGGAACUGCUUGAGCGACCUCCGCGACUGCUCCUCCGUCCUGCCCCUGUACUCCAAGCGCUACCUCCUCUUCGUCAUCACCAUCUUCACCCUCAUCCUCGCCGCCAUCGCCGGCCUCUACGGCCGCAUCUACUGCGUGGCGCGCUCCAGCCACGCCGACAUCGCCACGGCGCAGACCUUGGCGUUGCUCAAGACCGUCACCAUCGUCCUGGGCGCCUUCAUCGUGUGCUGGCUCCCGGCCUUCGUCAUCCUCUUGGUGGACGCCUCCUGCGCCGCGCAGCGCUGCCGCGUCCUCUACAAAGCCCAUUACUUCUUCGCCUUCGCCACGCUCAACUCGGCCGCCAACCCCAUCAUCUACACCCUGCGCAGCAAGGACAUGCGCCGGGAGCUGCUGCGCCUGCUCUGCUGCGGCGCUCACCGCCGCCGCCGCUGUGCCCGCUCCUCCGCCUCGCUGCGGCGCUGCAGCCCCGAGCGUCACCAUCAUCACCAGCAUCAUCACUGCCCCACGGCGCCCAUCACCCGCGACUGCACCACCUCGGUCUGA